GGACACGCAGGGACAGCCCCGGCGGGCCGCGCCAGCCGCACCGGGGCCGGGGGGGCCCCGCAGGGCGAUGCUGCGGGCCCCGGGGCCGCUGGGGCCGCCCCCCGGGCGCCUCCUCCUGCCCGAGGCCGCCGCCGCCGCCGCCGCCGCGCUCCGGCUGCUGCCGCCGCUGCCCGCGAUGGAGCCGGUGCCCAAGGGGGUGCUGGGGGCUCUGGCCAAGCCCCGGCGCCCGGUGAUCGCCUGCAGCGUCUGCCAGAUCCGCUUCAACUCCGAGAGCCAGGCCGCCGCUCACUACCAGGGCAAUCGCCACGCUCGCCGCCUCAAGGGGCUCGAGGCCGCCCGGGCCCGCCGUGGGGGGGACCCCGGGGACCCCCCGGAGGCACCCACAGCCCCCCCGGCCGGGGACCCCCCCGAGCGCUCAGGGGAGCAGCCCCCCGCCCCCGCCGCCCCCGGUGCCCCCGGGCCCCCCUCGCCCCCUGCCCCCCCCCCGGCGGCGGGGCCGGAGCCUGGGGCGCCGCGGGACGAGGAGGAGGAGGAGGAGCGGGCGAAGGCCAAGCGGCUCCUGUACUGCGGCCUCUGCAAGGUGGCCGUCAACUCCCUGUCCCAGCUGGAGGCGCACAACAAAGGCACGAAGCACAAGACGCUGCUCGAGGCCCGCUCGGGGCUGGGCCCCAUCCGCGCCUUCCCGCGGGGGGGGGGCUCGGGGGGCGCCCCCCCGGCCGAGGGCCCCGAGCGCUCCUUCCACUGCCAGGUGUGCAACGUGCGCCUCAACUCCGAGCUGCAGCUCAAGCAGCACAUUUCCAGCCGGCGGCACCGGGACGGGGUGGCCGGGAAGCCCAACCCCCUCCUGGGGCGCCACAAAAAACCUCGCAGCCCCCCCGAGCUGGCGCCGCUGCCGUUCCCGAAGGAGCUGCCGAAGGCGCUGGCGGGGGGGGCGCUGCUGCCGCCCCCCCUGGCGCUCGCGGCCGCCGCCGCCGCCAUGGCCGCGCCCCCCCUGGCCCUGCGCCCCCCGGACCCCCCGGACCCCCCCCUCCUGCCCGGGCCCCCCCUGGCCCCCGCCCUGCUCCGCCCGGCCCCCGGCCCCCUGCGCCCCGCGCACGCCCCCCUGCUCUUCUCCCCGUACUGAGGGGACAGGGACAGG